UUAAAAAUAGGGUAUGACUGUGCUAAUGAUGGGGUCAGCAGAUGCUCUUCCAGAGGAACCUUCAGCUAAAACUGUCUUCGUAGAAGACAUGACCGAAGAACAGUUAGCAUCUGCUAUGGAAUUACCAUGUGGAUUGACAAACCUUGGUAACACUUGUUACAUGAAUGCUACAGUGCAAUGUAUUCGCUCUGUGCCUGAACUCAAAGAUGCCCUUAAAAGGUAUGCAGGUGCCUUGAGAGCUUCUGGGGAAAUGGCUUCAGCACAGUAUAUCACUGCAGCCCUUAGAGAUUUGUUUGAUUCCAUGGAUAAAACUUCUUCUAGUAUUCCACCUAUUAUUCUACUGCAGUUUUUGCACAUGGCUUUCCCACAGUUUGCAGAAAAGGGUGAACAAGGACAGUAUCUCCAACAGGAUGCUAAUGAAUGUUGGAUACAAAUGAUGCGAGUAUUGCAACAGAAAUUAGAAGCCAUAGAAGAUGAUUCUGUUAAAGAGACAGAUUCUUCAUCUGCAUCAGCAGUGCCACCUUCUAAAAAGAAAAGCUUAAUUGAUCAGUUCUUCGGUCUUGAGUUUGAAACGACCAUGAAAUGUACAGAAUCUGAAGAAGAAGAGGUCACCAAAGGGAAGGAAAACCAGCUUCAGCUUAGCUGUUUUAUUAAUCAGGAAGUCAAGUAUCUUUUUACAGGACUUAAAUUGCGACUUCAGGAAGAAAUUACCAAACAAUCUCCAACAUUACAGAGAAACGCUUUGUACAUCAAAUCUUCGAAGAUCAGCCGGCUACCUGCUUACUUAACGAUUCAGAUGGUUCGAUUUUUUUAUAAAGAGAAGGAAUCUGUGAAUGCCAAAGUUCUUAAGGAUGUUAAAUUUCCUCUCAUGUUGGAUGUUUAUGAACUAUGUACUCCAGAACUACAAGAAAAAAUGAUUUCUUUUCGAUCAAAAUUCAAGGAUCUAGAAGAUAAAAAAGUGAAUCAGCAGCCAAAUGUAUGUGACAAGAAGGGUAGUCCACAGAAAGAAGUUAAAUAUGAACCCUUUUCAUUUGCGGAUGAUAUUGGCUCCAAUAAUUGUGGAUAUUAUGACUUACAAGCAGUGCUGACACACCAGGGAAGGUCUAGUUCAUCAGGUCAUUAUGUAUCAUGGGUGAAAAGAAAACAAGAUGAAUGGAUCAAGUUUGAUGAUGACAAAGUCAGCAUCGUAACACCAGAAGACAUCCUGCGGCUGUCUGGUGGUGGUGACUGGCACAUUGCUUAUGUUCUACUCUAUGGGCCUCGCAGAGUUGAAGUAAUGGAAGAUGAAAGUGAACAAUAAUCUUCAAUUUAGCUAUUUAUGCUUAGAUGUGAGAUAAUGUUAUUUGUUGAUCAUUUCUAUAAUCCAGAGCUUUAAAGAAAGACCUUUAGGUGGUUUUGUUUCCCUCAUGUGGAACAAGAGAGCAGAAUCAGACCACUUGUGCAUCAAUCAGAAAAUUAUAGAAAAUUGACUUUGGAUAUGCUGCCCUGUAUAAAAGUGGCUGGAAGAUGUCCUUUAAAAACUUAUUUCUUACAGUAAUUCUUAAAAAAAAUUUAGUUGAAAUGUCUUUCAACCAUUACAUUCUGUCAUCUAUUUUCAGCCCAAGACUCAGUAGUGAUGUUUAUUGCACACUUAUUACCUACUACUAUUUGUUCUUGCAUGGUUCACUUUACCAUUCAGUAAAUAGCUGCCCAUCCUUUGCCUUAUCUAACAAAAAAUUUUUCCAGGUUGAUGGAAAAGGAAGUGUUGCUUUCAUCGUAUAACUCAGUGCUGCUGGUCCACAUCCCAUGGAAACAUGGGUGCAAUCAAGUAUUUGUCCAGCCUGACCGUUGCUGGCUUUUCCUGACAAAAUAAAUUUGUGAUCAGUAAGAUUAUAUUUGAUUAUACAUUUAUUAUUGUGUCUGAUGUACUAUGGUUUGUACAUUUAACUUUGCAAUGGUUUUGUAGUAAUCAGCUUUAAAAAUGUUGAGCUCUGGUUGCUUAUUUUUAGAAAAUGAGGAUAUUUAAUAAAAAAAAAAAAGAGGGAUUAUAGUUUUUGACCUGAAGUCUUUGUCUUUUUAGUGUUGGAGUUCGGCUGAAGAUUCAGAUACAUUUAAUAAAACUUCUGCAGAUUAAUAUUACUGUGCUGUUGAGCAUCCAUUUAAGAGGUAACUUCGUUGCCUGCUCAUAUCCCACUUAGAAACACAAAGUUUUUAUAUGGAUUUCUUUGGAUGCUGGCUGCAGUGAUGUUUUACCAGAUUCAUUUCUUGACUCAUUUGUUAUGUUUAUACUCUUAUGUUCCAAAAACUUAAAUGUCCAUCUCAAAAUUUAUAAUCAGUGGUUUUAAAGUUAUGAUGAAAAUACCAGAGUAUGACAUAUUUGAUUAUGAUGGUUUCCUUUUAAUAUAUUCUAACUAGUUAUUGAUAGUUGUUUCUGGAGCCUUGAUUGCUAAGGAAAGAGGUAAAGAUACAUCAGUAGCUAACUGGCUUGAGUUAUGUAUUUAUAAUAAAGUUUAGGGAUUAUCAUGCAUCUCUUAUUUUUAUGUUUUAAUGCUCUGCAGAACCAUUAAGACUGUUAGGGAAUAAUGUCCAUUUUCCUCUCAAAUCUGUAACUUAACUAGGGGAUAAACAUUUCAGCUUUGUAAAUAGUUCUCACCUGAACUGAUUUGGCAAUCAAUACUAGGAAGAUGUAGGAUAAUGGUGAAAAGUAGAAUGGAGUGAGACCCUAAGAAUUGUGAUUUGUGUCAAUCUUGUAACUUUCCAGCUCUUUUACUCAUGGUUUCAUUUGGUUAGAAUAGUUGUAAUAGUAAACUUAGCAGUUUAAAAUCAGAUUUUGUUAACCUACUAGAUAAUGAAGCUACUAGCCAGGUGAAGCUGGCUUAGAAUGAUGUAAAAGCCUUGUAUAGAAUAUAUUAAGGAUUUUAAAAGCUGUAUUUACUUUUCCUUGUCAUUACGAAGCUCAGUUUCAUUUUAUUUGAUGCAAAAGCAUUAUUCCAAAGGCAUUUUUAAAGCAGAUGUUGGAUUUAGUUUUAAACUAAGGCUAGUUUAGAAUCCAGCCUUGUGUAGGUCUCUGAGAAGGAAGAGUAGGCAAAAGUCAUCUUGAUUCCUGAAUGUGCCUUAUUUGCUGUGCCAUUACCACUGAGGUCCUUUCAAUAUUAGAGCUGUGGAGGAGUGAAGCCCAAACAAGAGCAUUACAGUGCUCUGCACUCAUUAUAUUUUCUUCAGAUCACCAACUAUGGCCUGAGCUUUGGAUCCUGAAGGAGCUGUGUGUGGAACAGGGCAGUAGUAGAUGGCACUACCUAUGUUCAGCAAUUUGUUCAGUUCAGCCAUUUCUACAAAGUGUUGUACUGCGUACAGGUGCUUGCACAUCUCAUUUGAACUUCACAAUAAUCCCUGGUGUGUAGUUAGGUUAAGGAUUUAAGAGAUCAGAAGAUUCUUGUAAGGCUUAAAGAAUGAAGUUUUAGACCUCAUUUCUUUUAAAGUUGAGGGCUGGCAAACAUUUUUUUGUAUUGGGCUGUCACAACUGCUUUGCUAUGGUAGUGGGACAGGUGUCACAGUACUCAGUGUUGUUGCCAAUAAAAUUUGGUAAUAAAGACAUGAUGAGAAGACCAGUUUGCUGAUAUCUUUAACACAUGAAAAGGAACAAAACAGUCACAAGGUUUCAGAAAGUCACUGUAGGAUAGCUAGAUUUUGUAACUACUAACAGCAUGCAGAAAACUAAUUUCAUAUUAGUGCUAUUUAACUUCAUUAUAAAUAUAUAUAACAAAAAUACUUUGUGAUUUUGACGUUACUUCAUUUUGGCCAUUUUCCCAACCCACCUUCCCAUCCCUUCUGAGGUUUGAGCCAAUGUGUGUUCUAUUUCUUGGAGCACCACCCAACUGUACAACUGUUAUAAAAAUGUUUAUUGUUUACCAAAACCAGUGGACCUCUUAUCAAAUGCUGCUUGGUAACAAAAUCUUAUCACAGUUUUAAUAAAAAAGAAAAGAAUCUAA